CCGUAGCCGCGCAGCAUAUGACCAGAAAACACGGAAGUGUUUCGGGCCGAGGAGAAGGGAGAGUCUGUCCGUUGUUUGUCUUCCGCAGCUGGCCGUGACAACACUUCGACGACGGACCGGGGCCCCCGUGGUUCUUUGUGACGGACCACAAACAUGUUCCCCACCCGCCGCUGUCGGCCGACGCUGUCGAGUUGCCUCCUGAUCUGCGUCACUUUGUGGCGGAGCGACCCGAGCAGCGGCGCGUCCGCCACCUUCUACCGGAAACCGAACGUGGUGCUGAUCCUCACCGACGACCUGGACAUCGCUCUCGGGGGGCUGAAUCCACUUCCCAAGACGAAGAAACUCAUCGGAGACGCAGGGAUUUCCUUCAGGAAUGCAUUUGUCGCCAGCCCGCUGUGCUGCCCGAGUCGUGCGAGCAUCCUGACGGGGAAGUACCCCCACAACCACCACGUCAUCAACAACACCCUGGAGGGGAACUGCAGCAGCAAAGCCUGGCAGAAGAGCGAGGAGGCCCACACCUUCCCCGCCUUGCUGAGGGACUCCGCCGGCUACCAGACCUUCUUCGCCGGGAAAUACCUCAACCAGUACGGUCACUCAGAUGCUGGAGGAGUGGAGCACGUUCCUCCAGGAUGGAACUACUGGGUCGGACUGGAGAAGAACUCUAAAUACUACAACUACACACUGUCCAUAAACGGGAAGGCAAAGACACAUGGAGCCGACUACAGCAAAGACUAUCUGACCGACGUGCUGGCCAACAUGUCUCUGGACUUCCUCCAGGUUAAGUCCAGCUUCCAGCCGUUCUUCAUGAUGGUGUCCACGCCGGCUCCCCACUCUCCCUGGACCGCGGCCCCCCAGUACCAGGGCAGCUUUAACACCACCAAGGCUCCCAGAGACCCCAACUUCAAUGUCCACGGGAAGGACAAACACUGGCUCAUCAGACAGGCGAAAACCCCCAUGUCCAACGCCUCUGUUCAGUUUCUGGACGAUGCCUUCAGGAAACGGUGGCGAACUCUGCUCUCCGUGGACGACCUGGUGGAGAAGAUCGUGAAGAGGUUGGAGGUCAGAGGUGAACUGGACAACACCUACAUCUUCUUCACCUCUGACAACGGCUAUCACAUGGGUCAGUUCUCUCUUCCUCUGGACAAGCGGCAGCUCUACGAGUUUGACAUCAGGGUUCCUCUCAUGGUCCGGGGACCCAACAUCAAACCCAACCAGACCAGCCAGAUGCUGGUGGCGAACGUGGACCUGGGCCCGACCAUCCUGGACAUCGCCGGCUACAACGUGAACAAAACGCAGAUGGACGGCAUGUCCUUCCUGCCCGUCAUGGAGGGGAAGAUGAACAGCAGCAGCUGGAGAACAGACAUCCUGGUGGAGUACGAGGGCGAGGGGAGCAACGUGUCCGACCCCGCCUGCCCUCUACUGGGACCCGGAGUGUCGGAGUGUUUCCCAGACUGCGUGUGUGAGGACUCGUACAACAACACCUACGCCUGCGUGCGAACCGUCGCCCCCUCUGCCAACCUGCAGUACUGCGAGUUUGACGACAACCAGGUGUUUGUAGAGGUCUACAACGUCACCGCUGACCCCUACCAGCUGACCAACAUCGCGGCUUCCAUUGGCCAGGACUUUCUGGAGAAGAUGAACCACAGGGUGAUGAUGCUGCAGUCCUGCUCCGGGCAGUCGUGUCGGACGCCCGGCGUGUACGACCCCAGGUACACGUUCGACCCGCGCCACAUGUUCCCCGGUCACGGCCCCGGGCGGCUCCGCCUGCGACAGACGAUGAAGUGAGACGAGGAAGAGGAGGAAGAAGACGAAGAAGGGCUGCUUGUUUGUCGUGUUCGGCCUUUUCCCUGCUGUUGCUGCCUUGUCUGCGGGCCUCCUGUCCUGAGCCUAGUUUCAAGACGGAUGAAGAAGGGAUCACCUUUUUUUUUCUUUUCAGCCUUGGCUGCUGCCAAACUGUUGUUAUGGAAGGUUUGAUAAACUCAUGUCUGUUGAAUAUGAGUAACACUAAAUUUUAAAGGUACAAAAAAAAGACACGGUCACACGACCCUUAUAUUCAAUUUAACUGUCCUGCACAAAGCUUGAAAAAAAAUAAGGUGAGGGAAUUAUUAAUCAAACGGGAAACCUGCGCUCGAUUUGUCUGUUGUUGUUUUUGAAGGCGUUGAUCGAUGAAAACGGUAACGAAUAUCCGCAGGAAGGAAAAGUAAUGCGUUGGAACCUGGAGUAAACGGAAAACAUACAGGGUAUGAUAGAUAAUAAAUGAAAAAUGUGCCUCCUACAGAAAAAUCAAACUUCAUAAAACAGACGGUCCAAAAGAAAAGUGCCUAGAAUGAGAGCUAAAGAUCCUAAAGACCUGAAACCUUCCCCCAGCCACAGCGUUCAGUUACAUCGUACUAGAUAUAGAACAGAAUAAUCAUAACACUGGCGACUCUAGAGGAAAAGACGAGAACUCGAGAGAAAUUAAAUAAAUGACAAAUCUGAAUUCAAAGAUCACAACUGGUCGACCGACGUUAGAAGUGAGGGAGAAAAGGAAGUUGUUUUUGUAGAAACUUUAAGUCAGGAAAUUAUUUUUAAGAAUAGUUAGUUAAAUAAACAAAUCGUAUUAAAAAGGCCAUGACUGAUUUGUCUCUUACUCUUAUUUAUCAUUUCAAUGUUGUUUUUCUAAUCUGGGAGAAGCGUCCGUUUUAAUUUCAUGAAUGAAAGAGUUGCAUUAACGGUCGUCACUUUCAAAACCUUUGGUCUUUUUAAUCUCUCGUCGUCCUUGUGUUUUUAAUUUAUCAGUGUGGUCGUGUUUUAAAUUUCAUGCGGAGAUUGGACAGAAAAAAAAUUGAAAUUUUUCUACGUAGGAUCAUUACUAUUUUUUGAUGAAAAAAUAAUUAAAUCAGCAAGUUAUGUAUGUAGAAUUUGUUUUUAACAAUUUUAUGUGAGAACGUUUUAAGGCAAAACUAAAUAUUUAUUUUGACCAGUAAAGAGGAAAAAGUCAGAUAAUCUGUACUUGAUAUAUUUUUCCAUGCGACCUUCUCCUUCCUUUCAUUUAUCUGUAUGAAAAACAUACUAGGCUGGGGUUUUGGCUUUCUUUUUUUGUGUUUUUCUCAUAACUCCAAAAGCAUAUUUCCCAUAUUUUGAACUGUUCCUUUAAGGCUGACUCGAGCCGUUAUUUUGAGUCGAUAUUAACCUUUUUUUUUUAACAUCCAACCAAAGAUUUGAUUUGGAGACUUGAGGGGAAAUGGCGACAUCUCUGUCCAGUUACGUGUUUGACAUUUGUUGUAAUAACUGAGUCUGUUAUUGUGUUUUUAACUUCGAUUGUGAAUCAUUAUUUUCUAACUGACAGAGCGAGCGAGAGAGAAAGGAAAACGUCUGUGACCUGUGAAUCUGUGAAUCUGUUCCUCCGCGUCAGCUCUCUCUCUAUUUUCUUCCUCUGGAGUCGGUUUGUUUCCGACUGGACUGAAUUUCAAAUAUCUCACUUAUGAAAACGCAACAGAACUCGACAUGUACAGUCUGCGAUUAUUUGUCCUCUGUUUGAAUUCACUGAUGCACUUUCCAAUCUGUCAGAACUGUUUUGUUGUUUUGGCACCUUUUGAGUUGAGAUUUCUUUCAGAGUAGUUUUUUGAUGAUGAUGAUUAAGUAUUUUUGGCUUGUGUUUUUGUCCAAAUAAAGAAAUUGUCGAUAUCA